GCUGCUCAGCCCCUGGGGACCCGGGGCCGGGUUCCCACGCUGGGGAGGAGCGAGGGAGCAAAGGAGACUGCGCCCGGGGGCCCGGCUCAGGGCCCGGGGGAGCUGCGGGGCCCGAAGGAAGAGGACUGACGGGGGUGGGCGCCGGGCCGCGCAGCGCCAGCGGCGGCGCUCGGAGAGCCGGGGCGUGAGAACGCGCGGGGCGCGCCUGGGGCCGCUGCUCUCCCACGGCCGGGGCGCCGGGGCCGCGGGCUCACGCGAGGGCCAGCUGCGGCAGCAAAGGGCCGCCGGGACCUUAGAGCCGGCCGGGGCUCGAGGCCGCGCCGCGGCUUUACCGCAACUUCACCCCGCCGGCUGCUGCGUGGGCGAGCCGUUCGCGCUUGGGGAAAGCAAACAGCUACGGUCGCCCGAUUGCUUAGAGAAAGCAUCCAGCAAACUUCCAGCGGGGCUGCUCAGGGCUGGACGGAAGAUUGCAGUAACAGAAGCUCAGUGAAAUUAAGAAACCUGUCCAGUGUUGCUCUAUUGCUGUGGAGGGAUUGUGAUAGUCAACAUUGAUCAUUACAUGCUGGGCACCAGACACGCCAGUCCCCAGUAUCCUUGAUCUGCUGGUGGCUUCCCUUUGUCAGUCCCACAUAAGAAGAACAGCUCACCCAGGGGUGCUCCGCAGCAGGGUGAGGGGCACCGAACACCAUGUUCUGCACAAAGCUGAAGGAUCUCAAGAUCACAGGGGAGUGCCCUUUGUCCUUAUUGGCACCUGGGCAGGUUCCCAAGGAGCCGGGAGAAGAGGUAGCAGGAAGCUCAGAGAGUGACAAAGCAACUCUGGCAAUCUGUCAGGAUGUCCCCGAGAAGAAUGUACCAAGAAGUCUUCCUCAAAGAAAGACCAGUAGGAGCCGAGUCUAUCUACACACGUUAGCGGAGAGUAUUUGCAAACUGAUUUUUCCUGAGUUGGAGCGGCUGCACCUUGCACUUCAGAGGACAUUGGCGAAACACCAACUAAAAGAAAGCAGGAAAUCUUUGGAAAGAGAAGACUUGGAAAAAAUAAUUACAGACCAAGCAAUUGCAGCAGGAGUUCCAGUGGAAAUCGUCAAAGAAUCUCUCGGGGAAGAGCUUUUCAAAAUAUGUUAUGAGGAAGAUGAACACAUCCUAGGUGUGGUUGGAGGAACCCUCAAAGAUUUUUUAAAUAGCUUUAGCACCCUUCUGAAACAGAGCAGCCACUGCCAAGAAGCAGAAAAGAGAGGCAGGUUUGAGGAUGCUUCCAUUCUGUGCCUGGAUAAAGAUCAUGAUUUCUUAAACGUGUACUAUUUUUUCCCUAAGAGAAUCACAUCCCUGAUUCUUCCUGGCAUCAUUAAGGCCGCUGCUCGCGUGUUGUACGAGACCGAAGUCGAAGUGUCACUCCUGCCUCCCUGCUUCCGAAAUGACUGCAGCGAGUUCGUCAAUCAGCCCUAUUUGUUAUACUCCCUUCAUAUCAAAAGCACCAAACCAUCCCUGUCCCCGGGCAAACCCCAGUCCUCGUUGGUGAUUCCCGCUUCCCUCUUCUGUAAGACGUUCCCUUUCCAUUUCAUGUUUGACAAAGACCUGACAAUCCUGCAAUUUGGCAAUGGCAUUAGAAGGCUGAUGAACCGGAGGGACUUUCAAGGAAAGCCGAAUUUUCAAGAGUACUUUGAAAUUCUGACUCCCAAAAUCAACCAGACGUUUAGUGGAAUCAUGGCUAUGUUGAACAUGCAGUUUGUCGUCCGUGUGAGGAGGUGGGACAACUCUGUGAAGAAAUCUUCAAGGGUUAUGGACCUCAAAGGCCAAAUGAUCUACAUUGUCGAAUCCAGUGCCAUCUUGUUCCUGGGGUCACCCUGUGUGGACAGAUUAGAAGAUUUUACGGGACGAGGGCUCUACCUCUCAGACAUCCCGAUUCACAAUGCACUGAGGGAUGUCGUCUUGAUAGGGGAGCAGGCCAGAGCGCAAGAUGGCCUGAAGAAGAGGCUGGGCAAGCUGAAGGCCACCCUUGAGCAAGCCCACCAAGCCUUGGAGGAGGAGAAGAAGAAGACGGUGGAUCUCUUGUGCUCCAUAUUUCCCUGCGAGGUUGCGCAGCAGCUGUGGCAAGGGCAAGUUGUGCAAGCCAAGAAGUUCAGUGACGUCACCAUGCUCUUCUCAGACAUCGUGGGGUUCACAGCCAUUUGCUCCCAGUGCUCACCCCUGCAGGUCAUCACCAUGCUCAAUGCGCUCUACACUCGCUUUGACCGGCAGUGCGGCGAGUUGGAUGUCUACAAGGUGGAGACCAUUGGCGAUGCAUACUGUGUGGCCGGGGGAUUGCACAAAGAAAGCGACACCCAUGCCGUUCAGAUAGCGCUGAUGGCCCUGAAGAUGAUGGAGCUCUCUGACGAAGUGAUGUCUCCCCACGGAGAACCCAUCAAGAUGCGAAUUGGGCUGCACUCUGGGUCAGUGUUUGCUGGAGUCGUUGGCGUUAAAAUGCCUCGUUACUGUCUUUUUGGAAACAACGUCACCUUGGCGAACAAAUUUGAGUCCUGCAGUGUACCACGAAAAAUCAACGUCAGCCCAACAACCUACAGAUUACUCAAAGACUGCCCUGGUUUUGUGUUUACCCCUCGAUCAAGGGAGGAACUUCCACCAAACUUCCCCAGUGAAAUUCCUGGAAUCUGUCAUUUUCUGGAAGCUUAUCAACCAGUAACAAAUUCAAAACCAUGGUUCCAGAAAAAAGAUGUCGAAGAUGGCAAUGCCAAUUUCUUAGGCAAAGCCUCAGGAAUAGAUUAGCAAAAUAUAUGUCUGAUUAUUAGUCUUCGGGUUUUGACUCCUAUGAGCAUGUGUGGAAUCUCUGAAAGCACUUUAAGAUCGCAGAUGACUAAGAACAGUAUUAAAAUUUCAGGAGCUAAGUCACGAUCUACUUUUUUCUUCCACUUAACAUGACAACAUUGUAUUCACUACGAUACUUCAAGUCUUCAGAGGGGGAAAAAAAGGGAAAGAAACCUCAAAAAUGGCAUUUUGGGAGAUAUUUCUGUUACUCUACCCAUCACUUGUUAACUGUACUCAAAAUUCUGCACAUUGUACAGCUAUCAGGUAAUUGUAGUUCCCUGACCUGCUUAACCUACGGAGUGACCUGCAGUCUUGUGUCCUGGAAUGCCAUGGUUGUGAAAGUGCAUUUGUGAUAGUGUUGCCUCCAAAAAGCUUUCCAAAUAGAAAUUAGAGUCUUUGAUGCUGUAAGCUCUUUGAACCUUUCAGCUCUGCAUUUUAUCACAUUUCUUCAUUUCACUGUUGGUGUAUAUAACAAAAUAGGUUAAAUAUUUUUUUCUGUUGCACUUUUUCUUUUUUUUAAAGAAAAUAAGCAAUUAAGGGUUAGAUGCAAUAUGAAUAUAAAAUAGUUCUUCUAUAAAUAUCAAAGAUUGUUUUAUAAAAAUAGUUGCCAUAACAUAAUGUGUCAUAUCAAUAAAUACUCCCUUUUGUUUGACAUUUUUCUAUUCCGCACUUUGGUAAAGGCUAUUUUAAUUCAUAUUAGCAAUUUAAUUCCUAUUAAUUCAUUUUUGUGUCAUAAAUUCGAGAUAAAAGAGGGUUAUAGCCUAUAUUAAAAUGCAAUAAUAUCAUUCUAAUUUAAUUUAAUUAGAAGCAACAUGAGAGUAAAAUAAGAAUCCAGGGGCUAUACCAUAAUGUCCAGAAGAAAAACAUUUAAACAUACACGCGCACACACACCCACAGAGAGAGAGAGAAAUUUGGAUCUACUUCAGCAGACGUCCUUCAUUGCCAUACUGAGCCAUAUAAAGUUCCAAUGAGAAAAUCUAAGUUCAGAAGUGGGAAAUGAGACUUGUUCUUUUUGCUAAUAGCUUAUUUUUAAAUAUUUGUGUUGGACACUUUGAUGUGUAUAUAAAUCUUAAGAAUCAUCAAGUUUUUUUCUCUCAUUACGAACACAUUUGUGAAUUUUUUUAUUCUAGUUGAAUGAUCUCAAUGACCUUUUUUAAAGAGAAUGUUAGUAUCGAUGAAGAAAAUGAUGCUAUGAUUUCAUUAAGAAAAUUCUUAAACAUUUUUCUGGAGCUGGAACUUCUAUUUUUAAUGAUACUAAUCUAAGCUCUCUGAAGAACUAAAUGAUCUACACUCUUUGGUUUGAGAUAAGGAUCUGAUUUUAAAAAGAGCUCGAUUUCAAAGCAGGAGAAAGAUGAACAUCAUAAUUUUAAAUCAAUAUUAGCAGAGUCGUAGAUGCAUUAAAAUAGUGACCUCAGGAAUAAAAAGUUAUUAUUGAUUGGCCUCUAGUAUCCCAAGUUUACUACGACAGACACGACAAUUUAUUUACUAAAUGAUACCCCAGCAUCUUGAAGCACUGAUUGUAUCUUGUUAAAUACCAAUCCUAUUAUUGGAAAGUACCAUAGGCCAUGGGAAAAUAGAGUUAUAGUUUCACAAUUGUAUGAAGUUAAUAAAAACAUUUUAAAGAAAAAUAAAGACUUAAAUACAUUCAUCUUUCUGGAACCGAACCCUUAUUACAGCAAAAAUGAUACAAAUUAAAGGAAAUUAAAAAGCAUAAAACAGACCCCAAUCUUGUAAUAAUUUGUGUUCUAAGUUUGUAAGGUAAUUAAAAUUCAAAAAAUAUUUCAAAAAUAUUUUCUCUGUAUACACACAUACAGAACCAAUAGAAGAAAAUGUAAACAGCAUGAGAAAAGCUAUAUAGGAAUUCCUUGUACUAUUCCUGUAACUAUUCCAUAAGUUUGAAAUCUUAUUAACUUUUUAUUAAAAGUUACCAAAAAUAUAAUUUCACAGAGAAAUUAAAUCUUCUGUGAUAGAUACCCUAGGCCAGCCUACAAAAGCUCAUAAAUUAUGGAAUACUUUAUGGAUCUUAUGAUGAACAUACAUUUCCAGAAUAGACUGUAUUCAAAAUUCACAGUGUGGAUGCUAAAAAAAAUUAAGGAAUCCCUUUUUCCUCUCUAGCUUAUCCACUUUGGAGGGUACAUUUUGAGAUCCAGACCACUGAUGGGAGCCAGGGACAGAGAGCCUAAAGGGUAAAUUUUCAAGGAAAGCAAGGAAUCAAACUAGCAGCCCUGAAGUUAGGAGUGGAUUGAGGAUGGAGGCAAGAACGGAGAGACAGGGUCUAUGACAGGGUUGGGGGCUGAGGGUUCUGAAUAUUGUUGCCAGGUUAACUCUUCUGUAAAGUAAUGUGGGUCCCAACAGUGCUUCCCAACCAACCUGUUUCUCCUAAUUCCCGGAAUUCCAGGAACUGUUCUUUCUGUUCUGGUCUUAUUGUUUCCAUCCAUGGCUUCUUGUUCCUUCUAUAGCACAAAAGAAAAUGAUUCGUGCUAUUUCCUGGGUUUGAACACACAGGUAUGAACAUAAAGCUGGUGUGUCUGGUAUUGGAAUUUCAUAUUACCCUAAAGGCCAUUAGUCCUUCAGAUCCUUUGAUGGGAAGGAAGGAAAGUUGCUUUAACAGUUUACUAACCCUUCCUUCAAAUUACUUCUCCCUCAUAUUGCCAGUCAUACCCAGGCAGACCCUUCCAAGCACGUCCUGUGGUUAAGUCAGAAGCAGUCAUAGACUAGGACAGGGUCUCCAUGGUGUGUCUAGCAAAUGAAUGAGGUGAACAAAGGGGAGUGUCCACUCCAUGUAGUGUCUGGGGGUUAAAUAUAGCUCCCUGAGACUCCCCAAUUGGGAAAGUGCCCAACUGGAGCUUUACAUGCAAAGCCCCAAUGAAGUCUAGGGCUAUAUAAUGCUUUAAAGCAACUUUCAGAUGGCUGUUAAAACAACAGUUAAUGGUCCCAAAAAGAAUGGGUUAAUGAAUUAUUGUAGUAGUUUUAAGUGCAUUGAUUUUACCUGGAUAAAUCAUUAUUAAAAAGUGAAAAGGAAUCUCUCACACAUAGUCAUUGGGGUGGCUUGAUAAAUCAUUAACCUUUACUGAACAAUAAAGCAUAAAGUGUGUUUUGUCUGAUUGCACACUUUGGUGCCACUUCACUCUUUAGAUGGCUGCACCUGGACAGUUAAAUGAAGGCAGAUUUGAAGGGUGGAAGGAUUGGGGGAUAUGACGGGUGUGUGAAAUGAGAGGGUGGUCACUGGAAGGAGCUAGGCCCAGGGUGUUACAGUUCCUGUGUUGAAGGACUUAUCUUCUUUAAAGCAAGAACACAAUGCUGCAGAGACCAUAGAGAAAGACAAUUCCCUUGUCUAAAUACAAGCUAAAAGCAGGGCCAGCUUCCUUUAUU